CAACCCCAAAACCAUUUCUCCCUAUCCCCCUGCCGCCUUCGUAUACACUAAAAGGAGGGGAAACGACGCCGUCUGGUGUGUGUGUGGCGAAAGGGAAGGCCCGCUUGACAAAAAAAAAAACCAACAUGGCGCUGGCUGUGUACAAUCCACUAGGCUGCGUCCCUCUACGCUCCGUUUAAAACGAUCGUUCCCGGCUAACGUUUACGUAAAACAAGUCCCUUUUAAUUUCGUGUCUUGUUCAACAUCAACGCUGUUCGUUGGUGAAAACAUUUGAUCCUCGUUUUGCGUUCUUUUGUAGAACACUUCGUGUUUUUCAACACCACCAAACAACAGUGUGUGGCUACAGGCCUCAAGAUCCAUCCGGUGUUGUACUAACUAGUCUCGUAUCUCUUCAAUUUCUUUAUCCUGACUGAUGCCCAAUUCAAGAAGUGUUACGCCGUUGGUGAAAAUUUUGAAUUAAAAAAAAAACAACGAGAAGGUGUCGUGAAGUCGUGUCGUGGUUGUUUGUGUGUUGCGCCUGUGUGUGGUGUUUGCACGCGGACAUGAGCCGAGAGAAACGUUCGUCUCGUGAUAGUUGCUCAUCAACACGCCGAGUUACGGUUCGGUGGGGGUUGAAAUUGUGACAAAUUUCGUCAUCAGCCCAACAACCGAUUAACCUGACGCCAAUGAUCCGCUCCUGCCUCCUUUCUGUCUUUUGAACGUGUCGGACCAAUUACACAUUUUGAAUGCACACAACGACGUAGACUUGAAAAAAAAGCAGCAGAAGGUGGAACAGAAAGAAAACGGUUGUUGGUGUGGAUUUUUUUUUUUUUUUUUUUUUUUUUUGACUUGUUGUUUGACGACGCAGUUAUUUUUACACCGUCAAGUUGGGCAGCAAAAAGAAGAAAAUGUAUCCGGCACCAGCGCGGCAUCCCUCGGCGCAGGGUCCGCCGCCACCGCCGGGUCAGCUGAAAUUCACCGUGGCCGACACGUGUGAUCGCAUCAAAGAGGAAUUCAAUUUCCUCCAAGCUCAGUAUCACAGCCUGAAAUUGGAGUGCGAGAAACUUGCUUCGGAAAAGACAGAAAUGCAACGUCAUUACGUCAUGUACUACGAAAUGUCCUACGGCCUCAACGUCGAGAUGCACAAACAGACGGAGAUUGCCAAGCGGCUCAACGCCAUCAUAGCCCAAGUUUUGCCCUUUCUUUCAGCCGAGCAUCAACAGCAAGUGGCCACAGCGGUUGAACGCGCCAAACAAGUCACAAUGACCGAACUCAACGCUAUAAUCGGGCAACAGCAGCAGGCCGGCCUGCAGCAGCUGCUGCAACAGAUGCACGCACAGCAACUUCCUCAUGGAGCUGGAUUGCCACUGGGAGCUGGACAUCCAGGAUUAGCUGGAUUGCCUGGAUUGCCACCGGGAGUGGCGGGAGGAUUGUUGACGUUUGGGGCGUUAGCCGGUGGUGGAGGCGGUGGACCACCUGGCGGCCUACCUCCCGGAGCGGGCGGAGCUAAUGCUGCUGGACUUGGAGCUCUCGGCGGAUUGCACCCACUCCUGAAAGCCGCUGAAAUGGGCGGAGCGGGAGGUCUGGGUGGCGUACCGGGUACACCAACCGGUCCGCCAUCCACGUCGGCUCCAUCGUCCGGCAGCCGUGGCGAUCGGGAACACAGAGAGCGCGAUCGAGAACGUGAACGAAUGGAACGCGAUCGUGAUCGUGAGAGAGAGCGAGAACGUGAUCGUGAACGCGAGAGGGAAAGAGAAAGAGAUCGCGAAAGAGACCACCGUGAGGAGCAUGUGAAAGUGAGCGGCAGUUCGAUGAGCAGCGAGGACAGACAUCGCGAUCGGGUGGCCGCCUCGCCGUCCUCAUCCGCCGCCGCCGAAAGGCUGGACAAACACAUGCGAACUCGCUCACCUGGCGGAUUCAUCAGCGAUCUCGAGUCGAAACGGCGCAAGGAAGAACGGGCAGCCGACAGCGACGGGGAGAAGAGCGAUCCCGAUUUGGUGGUGGACGUCGCCAAUGAGGAUCCCAAUUCACCUGUGGCCAACGGCGAGCACAGAGGUGGCGGAGACCUCCGAGAGAAUGGAGAGCGAGGAGGCCACGGCCUGGUCGGAAUGGGACUUGUCGGAAGCGCCAAAUUGGAGAGAGCCGAACGUCCACCGUCACAUUCAGGAUCUUCGUCCGCUCGCUCGACGCCCUCACUCAAAACUAAAGAGCAAAUGGAGAAGCCGACGACGCCAACGUCGAAAGGAGGAACGCCGACAUCGACUUCUACUCCGGCGCUUCCGCCAGGUGCCGUUGCUAACCCAUUGAUGGGUUCGCUACAACGGCCAGGAGCUGGUGGCCCUACUCUUCCUGGUCCCUAUGGUCCCUAUCCACCCGGAAUGGGUCUACCGGGGCAACCGAUCCCGAGGUUGCCGGAACCGGGUUCUGUCGGCUUUAUGCCUGUCCAUAAUAGCUUAGCCGGAUAUCCUCGCCCUCCGGGUUACGAUGCUCAUUCUCAGUCGAGAGGUGCUGCGCUGAACUCUAACGGCCUCGGCUCGCUACCAGGCGGCAAACCGGCUUACUCGUUCCAUGUCGGUGGAGAUGGAGUCGUCCAACCAGUCCCGUUCCCCCCUGAUGCUCUAGUCGGGCCGGGUAUUCCCCGGGCUGCUCGACCGCUGAGUACACUUCCUCACGGAGAAGUAGUGUGUGCAGUGACCAUCUCUUCUCCCACGAAAUAUGUUUACACCGGCGGUAAAGGAUGCGUCAAAGUCUGGGACAUUAGCCAGUUUUUUGGCAGUGGAGGCAGCAGCAAUAGCAGCAGCAGUAAAAAUCCCAUCCCUGUUUCGCAGCUGGACUGCUUGCAGAGAGACAAUUACAUUCGCAGUGUCAAACUGUUGCCCGAUGGUCGGACACUGAUUGUGGGCGGAGAAGCCAGUACACUCUCGAUUUGGGAUUUGGCCGCCCCAACUCCUCGCAUCAAGGCCGAAUUGACCUCUUCGGCGCCGGCCUGCUACGCUUUGGCCAUCAGUCCCGAUAGCAAGGUUUGCUUCAGUUGCUGUUCCGACGGAAACAUCGCCGUUUGGGAUUUGCACAAUCAGACGUUGGUGCGACAGUUCCAGGGACACACGGACGGCGCCUCUUGUAUCGACAUGAGCGCCGACGGUACUCGGCUGUGGACGGGUGGACUCGACCACACGGUGCGAUCGUGGGAUCUGCGUGAGGGCCGGCAGUUGGCCCAGCACGACUUUGCCUCGCAAAUAUUUUCGUUGGGUUAUUGUCCAGCUGGAGAUUGGCUUGCCGUUGGAUUGGAGAGUUCAACUGUCGAGGUGCUGCACACGUUAAAGCCGGACAAGUACCAACUUCACUUGCACGAAUCGUGUGUCCUUUCGCUGAAAUUUGCCGCUACUGGCAAGUGGUUUGUGUCGACUGGCAAAGAUAAUCUUCUUAAUGCUUGGCGGACCCCCUAUGGCGCGUCCAUCUUCCAGUCGAAGGAGUCGUCGUCAGUGUUGAGUUGUGACAUUUCUUCAGAUGACAAGUACAUCGUGACGGGUUCUGGCGACAAAAAGGCCACCGUCUACGAAGUCAUCUACUAGAAUCUGACCAAGCGUAUUUCGAAGAGAACAAUGACAAGCUGAAGAGAAGAAAGAUAGAAAAAGAUAAGCCAUUAUUUUUCUUUUUAAGUUAUCAACAAUUUUCAGUGAGAAGAAAUUUCAACCCUCCGUCAUACAUAUAUAUACGUAUAUAUAUAUACAGUACUUUCUGUGUCGAUUUGACUAAUAUUGAGUGUGAGAGGCCGCCAGGUGGAAACAAGUGGAACCCACCGGAAAUCUUUACCUUUAUACGUGUAUUCGUCGCAGUGAAAACGACCCCCAACUCCUCUUUUUUUUUUGUCAUUUCGUUAUCUUGUUAUUGUCCCCUCUUGAACGACGAACUAGGCCACUUGAAAAUACGUUGGCCAAAUCAAAGUGCUGGAAAUCGGCAAUCCAUGCUCUCCACCCUAAUAAUACAAAAAGAAAAUUGCAGUUCCUUGAACUUCCUACCCGAUAAAAGGAGAUUUCAACAAAAGAAAAGCCUCUAGCAGCUGAACAAGAGUGAAGGAAAAGGUUUACUUCGGAAAGAAAAAAAAAGAUGAAACUUUUCCAGUGUACCUCAUCAAAGACUCCCCCCUUCCCUGAUUUUUUAAAAUCCCUUUUAUCCUUCAAACAUUUCUAAACCCUUUCAUCUUUUUUUUUCCCCUCUCCUUGUGUCUUGUCUUGAUCCCGUCAGUGUGUGCAGCUGUGUAAUGGAGUAUCAGUGCGAAUCGAAGAUGGAUUCACUCUCUAUAUCUUGUGCGCGUGUGUGUGUGUGUCACUUGCGUUUGUUUUUUUUGGGCUGAUUUCAGUUAGGAUUCUCGUUAAACAAUACCCAUAUUUCUUUUUUUUUUGGUUUUCGUUUGGUUUAAUCCCAUUUUCAUUGUAAACGAAUCUUUUCAAUUAUUUGUUCAUUCUUUUGUUUUCUUUCAUUUCAAGAGAUGUGGAGACACUUAAUCCUACCUUUAAAACAAAGUUUAAUGUGUCGAUGAAUUCGUCUCGUUUGAUUUGAAUUUUUCUGUGGUUCUUUUCUUCACUCUCCAUUCAGAUUUGUUUUAACCAUAUGUGCAUUCAUGUGGUGAGUGUCUAUUAAAAAAAAUUCAACAUAAACACACAAAAAAAAUCCUUUACCCAAAUCUUUUCUGGUGUUUCCAUCCCAUUUUUUCCACAAUGUCCUAUACCCACCAACAUUCAUUUUUUUUUUUUAUUGCUGUGCGUUUUUGGAUUCAAUUUUAUUAUAAUUAUAUUAUUUUGGUUCACGUGAUGGCAGUAAAAGAAAAAAAAGAAACGACAAAUAAAAGAAAACCAAAUGUUGCGUAAA